GCUGUCGCUGUGUAAAUUUUCACUCGCUCCCAAGCGGUCGGAAUAAAACGCGAAAAGUCCGCUAAAAGAUAAAAAAUAUAUAUAGUGUCAUCUGUCAAGAUUUAAAACAAAAACCAGACAAGUGUCAAAAUGAGUCGCGAAAUUCGUUGCUGUAAGGUAUUCAAAAUGAAGGGAUCGACGCUGGACAAAAUCUCCGCCUUCCUGGGCGAACUCAUCGGCACCGGCAUCCUGGUCUUCCUCGGCUGCAUGGGCUGUGUGUCCACGACGCAGUUCCCCAACCACCAUCUGCAGAUUGUGCUCAACUUCGGCUUCGCCGUCUUGAUUGCCAUUCAGUGCUUCGGCUGCGUUUCCGGAGCGCAUCUCAACCCGGCCGUAACCGUGGCUGCCUACAUCUACGAAAUGGUCUCCCUGCCAAUGGCCUUCGCCUACUUCAUUGCCCAGAUGCUGGGCGCCUUCAUCGGCUACGGACUGCUGAUGAUCCUGCUGCCCAGCGACACUCUGUCGGCGGGCAACGGCCUCUGCGUGACCUUGCCCAAUGCCGUCACCCCCGGCCAGGCCUUCGGCAUCGAGUUCGUCAUCACCUCCGUCCUGAUCAUCGUCUGCUGCGGCGUCUGGGAUCCGCGCAACGCCAAGUUCCACGACUCCGUCGGCAUUCGUUUCGGCCUGGCCAUCGCCGGUCUCGCCUGUGCUGCCGGACCCUUCACCGGUGCCAGCAUGAACCCUGCCAGGUCCUUCGCCCCCGCCCUGUGGAACACCCACUUCGAGUUCAACUGGAUCUACUGGCUGGCUCCGCUCAGUGGAGCCGCCGUGAGUGCCUACGCCUACAAGGUCGUCUUCCGUCGGGAGGUUGUGGAGGCGGAGAUCACGCCCACCGAGAAGCUGCGCCACUUGGAGGACGUCCAGCUGUCGUAGAUGCCAAAGACGCGGCUGUAGCGAAAGCCCCAACUAAUUUACCCCUAAUCUAAGACGCCGAAUUUUAAAAUAAUAAUAAUUUAGAUUGUGUUUUCACAAAGUGCUCAAGCGUUGCAAAAUGCACACUUUCGAAGCUGCGAUUCUCUUCGUGAACUCACUAAAUGCCUUCAGUAAUAAAGAACAUCGAGAUUUUUAAUCUAUUCUAAAAACGAAA